AUUUUUUGUGUUAGUACCGGCGAGUCGUGGUGCUCGCUUGUCAAAGAGGCUGCGAGCCGACGAAUGCCAGUAUGGUGUGCGCGACAUGUGAUACGAAAAGCCACCGUUAAAUCGCAUACGACAAGCUCCGGUUAGAAGCGACUUCCCUUAAAGUGCGGUGGCGAAAGCUGAGGGAACGCUUCAAGAGUAAGGAGAUCCACGUAGUAUCGGAUAAUCUGUGUGUAGUGUCGAGACUGCGGUUUAUGCGCGUGUGUCAUGGUUAAAUUCAAGAUGCUAUUCGCUCUGUUCUGCGUCCUGUUAAUUGGACAUCAUAUACAAGCGGUGGUCAACAAGGCGACCUCGCAAGUACCGUUAAUCAAGGAAGGAGAGAAAUCCACCAACAAGGUCAAAGCCGAUGACAGAAUAAGUAAUACUUUCGAUUCUCCGUCUGACGAAUAUGGGCCACCGUUGGGGUCUGGUUUUAAAGGUCCAGCGCCGGUAUAUGGGCCUCCGGAAUUAACUGGUAAUCUUGGACCGACGCCUAUUUAUCCGCCGCCACCGCCGGAAUUGCCGCCGCCUGUAUUUGGACCGCUGGCCAUUUCCUACGGGCCGCCACGAAGUAUCAAGCCGCAAUAUGGGCCACCGAAACAAAAUUUUGGCUUGGCAACGUCUUCCCUCUUUUCUAAGCCGACUUACGGCCCGCCGAAACUUCAUUACGGGCUUCCGAAACAACACUUUAUGCCGCCGUUGGUUUCAUUUCCACCGUUCAGAUCACCGAAACCUCAGUACGGUCCACCAUUGAAGCUCGUCGCUACAUCGAGUCAGCAAUAUAUACCGCCUAAGCCAGGUCACGGGCCACCUAUCCCUAUAUCGCUCGAGACUUACGGUCCACCACCUCCGAAAUUAGCUAUUCAGUUUAAUCCUCUGCCCAAUGACGAGUACGGUCCACCGCCGUUGCCCGUAUCUGCGCCGCAACCGCAAUACGGUCCACCAGCUGGUGAUUUAUAUGGACCUCCACCGCCAGCGCCUCCGCCAGGAGUUCCAGCGCCACCCACACCCCCUGACAUAAAGUACGAUGGAUGGCAGCCCAUUGCGGGAUUGGCCACCACCCCUAAUCAAAGUGGUCCUCCGACAGAUACAUAUGGUGCUCCCCUCGAAGCGAAGCAUAAUUACGUCGAAGGUACGUCGCAAUUGUCUCACGCUCAAUUGAGCGCCUCAAUGGAUUCGAAUGUGCCCAGCGAUUCUUACGGCGUGCCGUUACAAAAUCCUGAAGAUCAAGAUCUGAAGACAUCCGUGCGCGAGUCCUCGGCUUCUUCGGAGAGUAAUGGAUUACCGCCGCCGCCGUUGCCGGAGAACGAACCUCUGCACAACAAUCAAGGUCCGGGGGCCAUAACUACGACGAGUCAGUCCGAUCAUCAGUUCGGUCGACAACAAUUAAACUUACAGCACGGAACACCAAACAUUGAACCCUUGUCUAUCAUAAAGACAGUGGGAUUUGAGCUGUUGCCCGCAAAUGGCCCUUUGAACUCGGAUAUCUCAUCGUCAGGUGGCACUUCUGACACCUCAUCAUUCAAUCACAUCUCGAAUUCAGCUAAUGCCAACUCCGCUUCACUCCAUUCGGGGCUAGAUUUGCCGCUGGACAAUGGCGGAUUCCACGCUGAUGCUCUAAGCAAUAGCGGAGAUUCUCACGGAUUUCAAAAUAUAGGAAACGAUCUGUCUUUGCAGCAGCUUCCGCAGCAGGCGCCAUUGAGCGAUUAUGGCCCGCCUUUAACAACUGUUACUUUCGAAAAACCUGCUGAUCAUAUAUCAGGAGGAUCUUUGCUUUCUCCUCCACCUUUAAAUUCUUAUGGUGCACCACCUCUUUCCUCUUACUCGCCGAAUGGUCUUUACCCUGCAGCGCAUGGAGGACGAGGUCCAUUGUUUUCAUCAUUCGGAAUAUUUGGAGGCUCUUUCCACAAGCAAAAUCUGCAUUCUCCUCGAUUUCAUGGUCCAUUCAGGCCACCACCAAUCCCUGUCGGCUCUUUCAUACCACCACGAAAUCGGGAACCGAUUAAAUUCAGAGAACCAAUACCAACGGGACUCUUGUCGAAUAUUAAUCGAUAUUUGCCGCCACCUGCAAAACAGCAGUUACCGAAUCUUCACGUGCCAGUGUCUUUCCGCCAUACGUCGGGAUCGAGCAACUUAUUUUCGGGCUCUUUCGGGUCGUCUGGCUCAUUUAACGUACACAACUUAAAUUCACCAAUUGCCGCGCCUCACGUUCAAUAUGGAACUCCAUUAUCAUUCAACGAUUUCAAUACACCAAUGCCACACUUAACUUAUGGAGCACCUAACUUUGGUCCACCGACUUCUUUCACCUCAACGUCUUCCGGAUUUGGCAGUAAUCUCUACAGUGGAAUUAGUAAUGCGCUAACAACGACAUACGGCACACCUGUGGUAAACGCGCCGUUAUCAGUCGGCGGCAGUUACGACUGCAAUUCCUUGCAGCCACUCUUGCCCGUGAACGGGGCGUCGUAUUCAAGUACAGGAUUGUCCGCAACCGGAGAACUACCUUUAAGCGGUAGUUUACCUUCAGGCGGAGAAUUGCAUUCCAGCGGAGAGCUACACUUGAGUGGAGGCUUAUCUUCAGGUGGUGAAGUGCCCUCGAGCGAGGGGAUAUCGUUAGGUGGUGGAUUACCCGCGCAUUCUAACGGCAAGCUGCAACUCGGAUUUGAAAAUGCAGGAACUGCUGGAAACGUGGACAAUCACAAUUCAGUUUUCACGGGAAACGAUUUAUCUGAUAUCAAUCAACAAAAUUCCAUCUUUGCAGAUAACUCACUGCCGCUUACAAAACCACUCGAUAAUUUUCUGGGAGGACCCCCAGUGAAUACAUUGGAUUUACAACAUAACGAACAACAGAAAAUCAACUUAAAAGACAGCUACGGUAAUCCCGUAGGUCUAACUUAUGAUUCGUCCGAUGAAGCGAGUGAUGUCAGAGAUAUUCACACAGCCGUCGCGGACGUUCCGAACGAGCUCUCCGGGCAAUUGUCUAGUCAGUCUCACAAUAUUUACCCCGCGGCAACGUCGUUCGAACACGGCUCGGGAAUUUCGGUUGAAGCGCUGACUGCAAGUUUGACCGCGCAAGGCUUCCAGAAUAAUCAAGAAAAGAAUAUUGGAUCAAAUGAGGUGGACGCUAGUCAAUUUCUGAAAUCGAGCGAGGGUAGUGAGGCAUUGUCUCUGGCUCAGAGACUGACCGCUGACAAUGCCGACGGCUUCGAGAUUCACGGUUCCAAAGGCACUUACAGAUUGCAGAUACAACCAGCGGAUGGAGGACUAGGCACCGAGAACUCGGAUGGUAGCAUCAGACAUGAUCAGGUGUUGUCCAAUGGCUUACUUCAGGACAUAUUGGCUGCUAUAGAGCAGCCGGAAAAUGGUCCUAUACAACUUCAAGGUCUACCUCAGGCUCAGCAAUUGGAUAAAGUUUUCGGUCCUGACGUGCCGCAAGCAACUAACGGUCACUUUAUCACCAUAGAUAGCCAGGCGCAAAAUAAUGAAUUACAAGAACGAAUCGAGAAAGUCAGCGACAGGGACGAGGAUAACAAGUAUUUAAAAAAUCAAUCGUCAGUAGCUUUGUUCUUUGAUACUAAAUACGGAGAGCUAAAAAAAGAGAUUAGGUCAGUGUUGAAAAACGAGACGCAAGCCACGAGGGAAAAUAAGCAAAACAAUAAAACAAAAUCCUCAUAAAUUAUCUUAUAAGAGAGUGCCUUUGUGAAAAUAUUUUAUAAUAUUCUUAAUAUAGCCUCAAUCGCCCUGAUUCUCUUUGCAGAGAUUUGUCGAUUUUCAUUUCCGACGAGAGAGAAGAUAUCGCUGCUAACGUGAUGCCAUUUACUUUCAUUGCUUGUGAUUGAUUAAUUAUUUCGGCAAAAUAUCAGCCAUUUUUGUUAAAAUUGUGUCGUUAUACUUGCGACACAAUUUUAAAUGUUUCUUACUUUAUUCGAGUAAGAACGUGUAACAUUUUAGAGCUACACAUUUUUUUUCAAUAUAUCACAAGCUCGAACAGUCAUCUUUUCAUGUAUCAAUGUAUUAGAAUUCUUAUUUCUAAAAAAGUUGAUAUUUUGCAAUUUAAUGUUGAAACUUUCCAGUAACUCGUUUGAUUACUUUAUUUUUUAAAAUUAUUUGUGAGAGGACAAGAGAUUACGUAAUUUUUGAUAGUAAUACGUUGAGAGAACGUUUAAAAUAUUUGAUCAACUAAAAACUGAAAUUAGAAGGUAUAAAAUGUGCGAGCAUGAAACGAAAGUUUAUGCAAUCCUUUUUAUCUUAUUUUCACGCAAGCAAGAGUGAAAGUGAUAAUUACUUGUUGGCCAGUAUCGAUAACGUCUCAUUAGACGAAUCGUCUAAUCCGCCUACUACAAGAAUUUCUCGCCUCUCACCGGAAGCGAUUGAGAUGCGGAUAUCAACGGCAUUUUUAUCGUGCGAGAAGAUUUUUACGUCCAUGACUCCUGAUCCUUUUUAUCAGGUCAAACGUUUGCUAAGAUCCCGACCGAGGAUCGAGAACGCUCCGAUUUUUCCGUGUCCUCGCGUCAGCGGCUUAUCUUAUCCUCGUCUAUGGAAAUUUCGUUGACUCGAUAGUUCUUUCGAGAACGAGGGAAUUAUUUAAUAUCGAACAAGAUUUUCUCGUCGGUUUAUAUUGAUAAUGCCACCGUCUUCGAUCCGAUUCGAAGGAGGUGGCAAAGUCUGGCAUUCGCUGCUCUCGCACAAUGCAUGAAAACGUUAAGCGCGGUACGAGGCGUAUUACGCGACGUUUAUUAACACUUAUGUAGGUCAAUAGGUUACGGUACCGCUCUCGCGAAGUCUAUAGAGCUAAGCGAUACGGUGUACUCGCGUAAAGUCACUUGGCUGUUCGCCGGUCGGAGUAGAGAUUGAUCGACGGCCUCGUGUCUUUCACGGUUUUAGCCUUCACCGAGGUGAAAGUUCAGAACCUCAUUUGACGACCCGGCGGAACAGCGCCCGGUUCCUAUGAGAAUCUCGUUCCGAGUGAAACGCAUUGCUCGUCUCCGCGAACGUGCAAGCGCGUUACGCUUAGUUUUGCAUGCCUUUGUGACGAUAAUCGGUGGAUGCGGACCUAUUUGCCGUCUAGUCCGCUGUUAGGUGCGUGCGAAGAAAUACACACAUGCCGUAAGGGCCGCUACACGGCGGAAAAACGCGGAGCGCAACCUCGAAACGUCGAUUACUGUCGGGCACGAGAGAACGCGAGCGAUGUACGUUUAUUUCCUUCCGCCGCUCGCGUAUUAACGACUUUUAUGCGACUCAGGAUUCGCAGUUCCGCGCGUAUAAGUUGAAAAUGAGCGCCUGUCGUGAAAGCGCACCGUUAAAAUCCCGAGUGUGGCAUAAUCUUAAAGUUCUUGCAUUUUUAUGCCCUUUCGCCUGGCAAACGGUUAUGCAUAACUUGGUGUAUUGCAGAUACGUAAAAUAAGUAGAGCGUAUAGUUUUAAGAGACGCUCAUUGUUACAAAGUACGCAGUGACGAUACUGCCAAGCCAUAAAACGCAUCCAUUUGCUCCUAACCCAUAUCCACCUUUUUUUUAAGAAUUUUAAUUUAUAUACAUUUUAUUAGGACUUUAAUUUAUAUUUUAUACAUAUACGCAGAGAGAGAGAGUCUUAUAUCCGACGAGCAAUCGAUGCUAUCACUCGCCGGAUAUAACGAUCUUAUUAGCCUGUACUCUUAAUAUAUGCU